UAUAUAUAAUUUGCAAAAGAUAAUUUAACGACGAAAACAAAAAAGAAAACGAAGUCAGUUGCAAAUAUCCCCAUUUUCAAUUUCACUUCUUCACCUUAUCCUCCGACCAAAAUCCAGCAUGCACACCGCCUGCAACCACCACCACCACCGCCACCUCACUUCUUCUUUCACCCACCACUUUCCUUACACUAAAUUCUUCAAACACCCCACUUUCACUUUCACUUUCCUCACACCACCCACCACCACUAGGACUCUUUAUUCCUCAAUGGAUGGACCCAAGAAACCCUAUCGAAGAAGGUCAUCUUACGGGAGCUCCAGGAAGUCAGUCUUGAAAAAAACUUUCAAACAAGAACAAGUUACUUUCACUGCCCCUGUCAGUGACGACCCUCUUGUCGCCAUCAUUGGUGGUGGAAUGUCUGGUCUUCUCUGUGCUCUUCAGUUGGAGAAGAGAGGAGUUCGCUCCACUGUUUUCGAUACGGGGAUUCAUGGACUUGGGGGAAGAAUGGGCACUAGAAAUAUUGAUGAAAUGGUAUUUGACCAUGCGGCCCAAUUCUUUACUGUGAGUAACUCUGCGUUUCGUGAGUUGGUUAAUGAAUGGUCCGAGAAAGGUUUGGUACGCCAGUCACAAGGGGUGAUUGGAGAUCUUGAAGCCGGCGGUCAUUUUUUCCCAUUUCUUUCUUCCCCUCCUCGAUAUAUAGCUGUCAAUGGCAUGCGUACCCUUGCAGAUUCAAUACUUUCUCAGAGUUCCAUGAUUGAAGUAGUGCGGCCAUGCUGGAUAAGCUCUAUUGAACCAUAUAAUGGAAUGUGGCACUUGAGUGAGAACGGAAAACAUCGUGGACAGUUUGAUGCCACUGUUAUUGCACAUAAUGGAAAAUGUGCUAACCGAUUACUCUCUACAUCGGGAUUACCACUUAUUGCAAGGCAGAUGAAGCGACUGGAGCUUAGUAGCAUAUGGGCUCUUCUUGCCGCCUUCGAAGAUCCUCUUCCUUUGCCAGUUGCUCCAUUCGAAGGGGCGUUUGUGAAAGGGAUCGACUCAGUAUCAUGGAUGGGAAACGACACACAAAAACUAUCUACUUCUCCGAAUGCGGGACCACCUCAUUGUUGGACGUUUUUCAGCACCGCCUCUUUUGGAAAACGCAAUAAAGUUCCACAGGAGAAUAUUCCUAAUGCAACGGCAGAGAAGGUGAAACAACUGAUGCUUGCAGGUGUUGAGAAUGCCCUAGGAUUAGAAACUGGAUCACUUGAGAAGCCAAUGUAUACGCGCGUACAAUUGUGGGGUGCAGCUCUUCCUACAAAUACUCCUGGUAUUCCGUGCAUCUUUGAUCCUCUUGGAAGAACCGGUAUUUGUGGCGAUUGGCUACUUGGUUCCAGUUUAGAGGCUGCAGCCAUAAGUGGAUUAUCCCUAGGAAAUCAUAUUGCAGAUUUUCUAAAAAGUGGUGGGUCACGACCAGAUGAGUUUGCCGUUGGGUUACAUGAGGAUUUCCAUCCGCUGCAGGGUCAUGAUAUCGGACAGUUCCCAGGGUUAGAGUCCAAUAAGAAUAUAUGUGAGGCUGAGGUUCAAGUUGGAGCGUAAAUAUUCUUGUGGACAUGAAUCGUGAAUCCUUCCUCGAGUUGUUUUGGAGUAUAUUAGCAUCUCUUCCUACUGUCAUAACAUGAAGCCCUUCUUGGUGCUAUUGCUAUAACAGUUUACUAUGCUACUAAACGUAAUAUUGGCCAAUACCCCUCGAUGUGCAAGGCGCGCGUAAGUGAAGAUGGUGGCAUUCCUUUGAAAAUAAGGUGAAUCUAGAGUAGAACGUUGCUGCUAAAAGUAUUUAGGGUUGUAUUAUAUAGUUUGUGUAGCAACUCUCAGGUGCUGUAGUUAGCUGACAUUUAAAGGUUUUGUUGUCAAGUAAGCAUUCUACAUCAGACAUAGAUAACUUAGUCUAAAGGUUACACAAGUUUUAUGUUUUGUUGUUCGAUUCA